CAUACUCUCAUAUUGCAAGGAAGACCUAUACUAUGGAUUUGUGGUCACCGGGCUGAGUGAAUGAGCGCAUGAAGGAAUGCUCUGGACAGCGGUAGAAAGAUACGAUGUUCGAUACUCACGUAAAUGGACAACAAGCCAUUUGGAUAUGUCUGGUGUUUUUUCUCCUUAACGCACAAACAGGCAUUUAGUCAUUCGGAUUCUGUCUGGGCUCUUCCUCCUUGACGCACAAAUAGGCAUUUAGUCAUUCGGCAAGUUGAAAGCUGUUUGGAUCUCUCUGCUGCUCUUUCUCCCUAACACACGAAUAAUAUUAAAUCAUUCGGCAAGUUGAAAGCCAUUUGGAUCUCUCUGCGGCUCUUUAAUUUCUCCAUAACGCACAAAUACAAAUUUAAUCAUUCGGAUGGAUGACGAUCGAUUAAAUUAAAACCCAGCUAUCAACAUGAGCAUCCGGCGGUUUCCCUACGAAAGGCAAAAGGAUUUUGUGCUUGAAACCUUGCUCAAUGGAUCCUAUCAGAAGAUCUACGUGGAGGCAUGGGAGGGAGUCGGGGCGACCGCUUUACUCCGAGAGGUGGCGGAAGCGGUCGAGAAGUCGGAGAAGCGCGAGUUUGAGACGGUGAUCAAGGUGGUGCGGCCCGCACCAUUUCGGAACGGCAGGGAGAUGCAGAGGGCGGUGGCGGAGCAGCUGAAUCUUCUACUACGAUCUCCUUCGGUGACGGCUGCUGCUUUCGACGCGGCGGACGAAAACGACGACUUCUCGGGUGUGGAAUUCAGCUCAAGAGGCCUGCUUUUGGAGGUCGCAAAGGAGAUCUACCGAGCUGUGGAGGGUCGUAUCGUGCUGCUCGUCUUUUGCAAUAGUAUUGCGGAUGACAAAUUAAUUGACCCUAUUGAUUUGGGUAUUCCUAUCAUAAAGGGGUUGAUCAGCAAUGCGGUGUUGUGGACCUCUGGGAUGACUAUUAGCAGGGAAGCCACGUCAGUGACUGCGGAUUAUAUCGUAAGGUUUCGGCCAUCAAACGAAACAACCGCACUUGAUCUUGUGUACAAGGAGGCCGUCGAGAUUGCCCGAUAUAUUGACGAGAGCAGCGGUGGGCGCUUGCGGACCACCACGGAAUUAGUCCUCCGCUGCUUUUGGUAUUGCCUGCUGUUGUUGCGUAGAGCAGCGUUUAACCGAUCGGCACUACUACCCGAUGGUGGUCGGCCCCUGGAAGAUGCUGCCAAGUAUUUUGUGUGCGACGGAAUUUUACCAGGAGAUGAUGCGGCGGCAUGGGAGAUUGGGAAAGCACUAGCUCCGGUGAUUGGACCCAUAGUAAAUGAUCAACAACUGCAAUAUUGGCAGGAAGAAUUAACCUCUUCCACUUGGACGCGGAGGGAGGAAAAGAAAGAGUUGUUGCCCCCGAAGACUUUAUUGGUCGACUCUACCACAUGGGGAGAUUGGGUAAAGUUCUCAUUGCCAUCAUCGGAGGAGGAGGAGGAGAGUUACCGUUGGAUCUCAGUAUGCUUUCCUCAAACUAGUAUUCCAAAGCCAUGGGAUUUCUUCUUCGAAGUAUGUCGCAGUUCAGUCACGUCCGACGUUUCAUCCGUCUUCUUCGAGCAUUUUGAGGAAACGCACGAAGCUCUACCGGACGGCUUCUUCGUCGACCAUUUCAGCAACGUUCGAGUGCUAGACCUUCUCGGCUGCGUAGUAAGUCCUAUAGGACAUUCCUCCUUCCUUCGUCUUCGCAACCUGAGAAUGCUUAGGCUGGAGCUGUGCAAAGUAACUUCUCUUGAUCCUAAUUCUCAUUCUUCAGCACCAGAGGGGCGACGAGAACCAUUACUUUUUGAUAACUUAUGGGUCCUGAAUUUAUACAACUCGGAUGCCGAUGCAUUUCUUUUAGGAGGCAAAGCCUUUGAGCUCACGCCUAACCUCCGGGAGCUCGGUCUCACUGAUUGCGAGGGUUUACAAUAUCUAAACUUCAAUCUCCCUACAACAAUCGAAACAAUCAGCCUACAAAGGUGCGCAUCGCUAAAAGAGGUGGAGCUAGUCGGCCCUGCAGCUGCUCCUUUGCCCAACCUCAAGACCUUCCGCCUCAGCGGCUCUAAGCUGAUCGCCAAGCUCUCCCUACAAGGAUGCCAUAAGUUGGAGAACGUAGACCUGCAGGAAUUGACGGGGCUCGAGGUGCUCGAUCUUUCAUGCACCGCAAUAAAAGUAGUGGAUAUCAGCAAACUCCCACAACUGAAGCAAUUAUUUCUUCUCAGAUGCAAGCAACUCCUUAGAGUAGCCGGUCUUUAUAAAAUAUCAGAAGAACUAGAUGUGAUGUACUUGGAUAACUACAACGGCGGCGGUGCUUGCGACGUCGAUCGGUGCCUUGAUUCUUUUCGAAAUCAAAGACUAAGUGAGUUAAACAAAGGGAUUAAUGAUGCUGAUCAAAGAUUAUUCCAUGCUCAUGUGGUCGUGAGGGAUGUUAGGCUCUCCCGGUCACUUUAUGAUGCUUUUUUUAAUUUAAGCAGAGCAAAAUCCUGCUUCCAUAUCCACGUCAAGGGUUCUUCAACUGCUAAGAGAGGCACUAAUAUUGGUACUACCACCAGAUUGAAUGCUACUAUAACGUCGGCAUCAUGUUAUGCAGAUGUUUUAAACACUAUGAUAGAUCGUCACCGUCGACAUCACCCGUCGCCACCUGCUAUGCACCUGAAUAAUCACAUAGAAGUUGACGGAGGUCACGAUUCCAGAAUAGUAAAGGAAUUUGCAUUUAGGGCCAUAAUGGGAUAUUUUGCUAAUUCUUUAUUCAUUCACGACAACACAUCUAAUUUUACCAUGGACAUUAAAUUCAGAGAUCUCAAAUGUUUCAGCAUUGAGAGGUGCCCUAAUUUGGAGUUUAUCUUCUCUUGGGAGGAUGAGUAUAAUUAUUUGCUGGAAUUAGAAAGCAUAUGGCUCAGCCAACUUCCGACGCUCAAAGCUUUAUAUAAACAAGGAAGGAUUGGGCAACUAAAGCAUAUUGACUUAGAGUUUUGUGCGAGACUAGAAUAUGUAUUUCCCCCGGUAUCGGAGCUGCAUGACUUGGAAACAAUCAACAUCCGUUAUUGCGGCGAUCUAACGGCAAUUUUCAAAUCUGAUGAUGAUGAUAAUAAAGAUAAAAGAGGAGCUGCUCCAAAGCUACUUCCGAAACUGAGGUCCAUCCAUCUACAGGAGCUUCCAAAGCUACAACACAUAUACAAGCUAAACAUUUGUGCUCCGUCGCUGGAAGAGAUCAAGAUUGUGGGGUGUUUCAAUCUGAAAAAACUUCCUCUUUUCGGCCGAUCGGACGCUCGUUCAAUGAGAGCUGUGAAGAUUAGCUGCGAGAAGGAUUGGUGGGAUAAGCUACAAUGGGAUGGAUUAGAAUCCAACCACCACUCCUCUCUCUUCAAGCCAAAACAUUGUCCUUACUAUAAGAAGCGUAUGAAAGCUAGAUAUUUAUGAAGCACAGCUCUGCUCCAAUGUUCAUAUGCAAGGUGAACCCCCUCUCUCUCUCUCUCUCUCUCUCUCUCUCUCUCUCUCUCUCUCUCUCUACAUAUUAAUUGUGUAUUUGUGUGCAUAUACACGCAUAUGUGUGCUUGAUCGUGUGCGUCUAUAUAUAUUGAUGUUUGCGAAGCUCUUCAUAUGCUUUUGAGAAAUAAGCUAGCCACAGUGCAGCAUGUUCUUUCUUUUCUAUUUACAGGCGUGAGCUUGUCUACGUGUGUAAAAAUAUUAUAUAUAUAUUUAAUUUCUUGAGACUUGAGUGUGUAAUAAAGAAAAUGUCUAAGCAUAUAUUUGACUUUUGCAGACAACAAGU